UUCACCUUUUGUUUGUCCCCUGCGCUCCUUGCAUGCCAACGACAUGAUAGAAUGCCUAGGGCGCGGCGUGGUGGUACGGGUUUCAGCUUUGACCUCAGAAGCUGUCUGACCAUCUGCUUUUGCAGCUUGGCAUUGCUGGCGGCCAUUGGCAGCAAAUAUGUGGCGGAGAACAAUUUGAGACCAGUGCUCUCGCUGAAACUGCUUUCGGAGCCUCCAAGAGAGCCGCAACUCGAGGUGAAGGCUGUCGAGCCUGAAGUGACCACUUCUGAAACUUCCGGGACCUUGGCAUUCAGUCCAACGCCUGCGCCUGCACAGCCUUUGCAGCAGUUGCAACAUUGCUCAACCAUCUCCUUUCUGCGGAUCCAAAAAACGGCCUCCACAACCUUCGGACAUGAAAUGAUGCAGAAGAUGUGCGGCAAGCGUCGGCAGAGAUGCAAACAGAAUUGGGACCGCUGUGCCUUUGGCAAACAAACAUGCGGUGUGGAGCUUUACGAUUAUCACCUUGAAUACAACCUUGCAAGGCAGCUGAGCCAAAUGGGGAAAGGACGUGGAUGUGUUGUGACCUUUCUCCGCGGACCUGUCGAGAGAACUAUGUCGGAGUAUUUCAUGCUCCGGGUUAAGCAUCGGCAGUUCUUGUCGUUCGACCAGUGGGAUGUGCAUGCCAACGACAUCGCUGGGAUAGAUGCGAUUUUGAACAUCGAUAAUCUUAGUGUUUCGUUUCAACAAUAUUUACAUCAUCCGAGAAACCCUUCUCGGAAUCGGCAGACGCUUUACUUACUGGGCUUCCGGCGUGUUGAAUGCAACAAGACGCGUUGUGGUGGCAAUGCCUGCAUUUGUGAGACAGAGAACCCGGGGUAUCCUGCAUUGGCCUAUGACUGGGAGAGAAACUCAAGCAGCUUGCUGCAGUUGGCCAAAGAGCAUCUGCGUUCCUUAGAUGCCUUCGGUCUUGUGGAGUGCUUCAAGAAGUCAAUCGAAGCGAUUGCUCCCUUAUUGGGAUGGGACCUGAAGUUGGCCCUAGAGCUGGCAAAUAAGCAGGAGCUGCACGUUUGGAAACCCGUCAUGGAGAAAGCCCGGCAGAUCCGCUUGAGCCGGCGCUUGAGUUUCAACGGCGCCAGCCGGAAAUUCUGGCGCGAGUUCUUGCAUGAGAGCGUCGGGAAGGAGAUCCUCGCCGUGAACCACUUGGACCACGAGCUGCUGCAGUUUGCACAGCUGGAGUUUCGCUCCAGGUACGGCUCCUCUUGCGAGGAAGCUCCAUGAGGCAAAA